AUGGUCUCUCGCCGCCUCCCCAUCGACCUCUCCGGCGAGCCGUACCCGAGGCGCCGCGAGCGCCGCCUCGCCAUCCGCCUCGCUCGCAAGGCCCACAAGCUCGCCAAGGCCGAGCGCCUCCUCGACGCGCGCAUCAAGAAGGCGCUCGUCAAGGCCGGCAAGAAGGAGCUCGCCAAGAAGGUCGCCCUCGCCCGUCGCGAGUCGGCCGCCGCCUCGCCCUCGCCGACGCCGCUCGUCCGCAAGCGCACGGCCGCCGACGACGACGACGACGACAACCGCAUCGCCAACAUCGCCAACGACGUCGCGUCGACGUUCAAGAAGCGCCAGACCAUCUCGAUGCGCAAGAUGGCCCUCAACCUCGACGAGCGCGCGAGCAUGAUCAGCUCGAACGUGCUCGCCGCACUCGCCUCGACCGCCGCGACCGACGACAAGGCCGUCGUCCUCGGCCAGCGCAAGGUUGUCCGGCUGCGCAAGAGCCUCGCCGCCGCUACGACCAGCAGAACGGUCACCCACACCGGCGUCAGCGUCAACGGCGUGCUCGAGAAGGUCCUCACGGCCAUCAUGAACGCCGCGGUCGAGACGGCCCUCACGGCGACCCUCCUCGCCCUCCCCGACCGCGCCGGCCCGACGCCCGUCCUCGGCAACAAGUUCGUCGUCUCGUGGUGGACCGACAGCGCCAAGACGACGAUCGCGGGCCUCGAGGACGCGAGCGAGCGCUCGUCGGCGUCGCCCAAGGUCGUCGACCAGGACCGCGACACGCCCAAGCCGCGCGUCAAGUCGUUGUUCGCGGGCAAGGCGUUCGCCGCGACCUCGUCGGACACCAUCUACGGCUCGUCGACGCCGUUUGCCGCCGCCGCCGCCGUCGGGCCCGCGUUCUCGACGCAGCGCAGCCUCACGGUCGAGCCGACCUCGUUCGCGGCCUACUUCGAGGCCUCGGGCCUCGUCAAGCUCAGCCCGACGUCGCCGUCGACCUUCCUCACGCUCGCCCCGCGCGAGAUCGUCGCCGCCGUCGAGGACGCCCAGCCGGCCGAGGUCGCCCCGCCGCUCGAGCCCGUCGUCGUCCCGGUCACGCCGCCGCACGCCGAGGACGACAAGUACUUCGACCUCUUCUCGUGCUCGAAGCUGUACAAGCUCGUCGACGGUGCCUGGGUCUACCAGGGCAAGGGCGACUGCCAGCUCAACGAGGCCAUGGUCGCGAGGCUCGUCGUCCGCUCCGGCGACUACCCCCGCAUCAUCAACAACGUCGCGCUGUCCAAGCUCUCGCUCCGGGGCCGCGACUGGGCCCGCUUCACGGCCUUCGAGGGCUCGGCGCCGGUGAGCUACCUCAUGCACGUCACCGACUGCCUCUCGUCGCUCAAGCUCGUCAACAUGGUCGAGGACAAGUCCGACGAGCUCUAG